AUGGUAGCCAUCACCGCCCGCGACCGACCCAAAACCGACUACGAGCGAUGGCUUGAACUCCAAGGUUCCGACGACGCAGCUGGCAGCGAUGAAAAGCAAUACCAUCCUCCAGCACCUCUACCUGUUCCAGAACAUGGCCAAGGUGCACAUGCAAAAGCAGACGAUGAUAAACAUAAAUACACCCCUCACGGCACAUUCAUCCAUCAUGGGUAUCAUCAUGAACGGCCUGGAGCGUCAGCCGACAACAACAUCAUCGCCAACAAUCAUCCACAUGCACUGCUACCGCAUCACUUGGAUAGUUCGUUCUCUGGAAACUAUGGAGGUGUUGCGAUGAAGUUGGCUUUACUGGUAUUCGUGGUAUUGGGGUUACUGCGUGCGGUGCGGUUUGUUCGAGGCAGACGAUAUCAACCUAUUCGGUUGCAGAGUCCGAGCACGGUGCAGGUCGCAUCAUUGACUCCAUACAUCCUAACAACAGUCAACGUACAAGACUUCGACCCAAAUCAGGAAUCUACUUUGUAA